GAUGUGGAAUAUGUUUUGAAUUUCACUAAGCCCAUCAUGAGCAUGAUCAGGUAUGCUGAUACUGAUCGCCCAUGUUUGGGCGAGAUUUAUGAUGGCAUGGAUUGCAUGGUGGAAAAAAUAAAAGAAGUAAUAAAUAGAAAAGAAAAUGACCCAACGGAAACAUUUUUCAAAGUUGUGCAGAAAAUUGUUGUUGACCGUUGGAACAAGAUGACCACCCCCUUACAUCUCUUAGCAUUUGCUUUGACGCCAAAAUUUUAUAGUGCAGAGAUGCUUGCAACACCAAGGAGGGUGCCACCAUAUAGAGAUGCAGAGGUUGCUUCUGGCUAUAGGGCUGCCUUUAAAAAGAUAUAUCAAGAUGAGGAGACAAGAAAUAUUGUCAUGAGGGAGUUUGGCCAAUUUGUAUCUGCAAAAAAUCAUGAUGUUGUAGCUCUUAAUGCUAGAUAUGGGAUGGAUGCUGAUGAGUGGUGGUAUGUACAUGGUCAAGGCUCCAUUUACUUGCAGCCUCUUGCAAUUAAACUUAACUCCCAAGUUGCAAGUUCUUCUUCAGCUGAGCGGAAUUGGAGUACAUACUCCUUCAUCCACUCAGUCAAACGUAAUCGUUUGGGUGCAAAGAAAGCUGAGGAUUUGGUCUACGUACACUCCAACCUUCGUUUGUUGUCACAUAAGGACCCUGAAUAUAGUGAGGGUGUAACAAGGAAUUGGGAUCUAGCCCCUGAGUGUGCUGAUUUAGAUGCUACAGUUGCACAACUUUGCCAAGUCUCUAUAGACGAGGCGGUUAUGGAAUUUGAGAGAGACAUAGCUAGUGGGAGUGGCAUUCCAUUUGAUAUUGGUUCAAUUGAUGCUGAAUUUGAACCACUUGAUGACCGUGGACUUGGGUUGGAUGCUUCAGAUGAAGAUGAAUAUGGAAUUUAAAUCCCAUAGAUGGCUUGUAAUUUGAAUGUAUAACUUUAUACUUUAUU